GUCCCGCCCGAUCGCGUUUAAAUGGCUUGGAUGUAUUGGAUGGAAUUAGGUUCGCGGCGCGAUAUGCUAACUUGAUGAUUUUUAAAGAACUAUAAAUGGCAUCCUCGCUAUGGAGUCAUUCAAGAGCCAAUUCAACACCGGCUAUCGAGACGACCACGGCGAACUAGAAAUAUCACCCUCCCAGACUUCCAUCAUUGUCGCUAUCCUAAGUGCCGGAACUGUCGCCGGCGCACUCUUCGCAGCCCCGUUAGGUGAUUGGAUAGGCCGUCGAAUAUCGAUUAUCGGUUCCAUUUGCGUUUUCAGUUUCGGCGUCAUAUUUCAGGUCUGCGCCGAUGCUAUUCCGAUGUUGUUAGCGGGGAGGUUUUUCGCUGGUGUUGGUGUUGGAUCCGUAUCCGUUCUCGUUCCUUUAUAUCAAUCUGAGAUGGCUCCGAAAUGGAUUCGUGGUACGUUGGUUUGCGCAUAUCAACUUUCGAUAACGUUUGGUCUAUUGGCGGCAUCUAUCAUCAACCUCAUAACUCAGAAAAUGGCUGGCCCGGCUGCCUAUCGGAUUCCUAUGGGUCUACAACUCACAUGGGCCUGUGUACUUUGUCUUGGUCUAAUCGUCUUGCCCGAAACACCACGAUUUCUCAUCAAGAAAGGCGACAAACAUGCCGCCGGCCUGGCUCUCAGCCGCCUUCGUCGUCUCGAUAUUACUCAUCCUGCCCUCGUCGAAGAACUUGCCGAAAUCGAAGCGAACCACGAUUAUGAACUCGCUCUGGGACCCGCGUCGUACCGCGAUAUUUUCAUCGGAUCACCUCAUCUCGGCCGCCGAACGUUGACCGGCUGUGGUCUCCAGAUGCUCCAACAGCUCACUGGCAUCAACUUCAUCAUGUAUUACGGAACCACUUUUUUUACUAGUGCAGGUGUUUCGGAUCCCUUCUUGAUAUCUCUCGUUAUGAAUGUCAUCAACGUCAUCUCGACAAUCCCCGGAUUGUUCGUUGUGGAAACUUGGGGCCGUCGAAAAUUGCUCAUCGUUGGUGCGCUGGGCAUGGCAUGCUGCCAAUUAAUUAUUGCGAUAUUUUCAACAGUAGCGAGCGACUCACAGAGCCAGUUGGUUGCCAAACUUCUCAUCGUCUUCGUCUCCCUAUUCGUUUUCUUCUACGCAGCCUCAUGGGGUCCGGUUGCUUGGGUCGUCACUUCAGAAAUAUUCCCUCUUAAGAUUCGCGCAAAAUCCAUGUCGGUCUCGACGGCGUCUAACUGGUUAUUGAACUUUGGAAUCGCCUAUGGAACGCCGUUUAUGGUAGAGGAAGGGACUGGUUAUGCCGCUCUGGGGGCUAAGGUGUUCUACGUAUGGGGAGCGUUCUGUAUUCUUGCAGCCAUCUUUGUAUACGGCAUGAUUUACGAAACAAGCAAGAUCAGUCUGGAGCAGAUCGACGAGAUGUAUGAACGUGUGGCCUUUGCAUGGAAGAGCAAGGACUUCGAACCGAGUUGGAGCUUCCAACAACUACGCGACGACGGAUUCGCGGAUAGCGGCAUCCCUCCGCCGGAACACGAACUACAGGCGUCCCGGACGACUACGACUACUAGCGAGAGUGUACAGACGAUACAUACAGAAUCUAGCCCGAGCGAGAGCCAAUCAGAAGAGGAUAAGAUAAUCAAUGAAUUGGGUAUGGGUAAUGUUGACUUCAGCUACUAAGCCAGGAUCUGCUUUUUUUCUCUUCCCGACAGUCACAUCACGACCGCUCAUGUCUUUGGCUAUUUUUGCAACCUCCCCUCUAGAAAAGGAGGCGUGAAGGUUUUCUGUUCUUUGGCGUCAUAUCGGAUAUAUCAGCGUAGGAGUUCAACGCGACGGAGUUUACGGCAACUGGGGAACAUUGGAAUACCGGGGAAAUCAUUCACACUUUUGGAAUUUUUAGGAUAACGGCGACUUUUUUCGGUUUGGCGACGGUGGCGGCACCACGGGCGGCAUCUCAUCUACGAUCAGGUGACAUCACUUGGGAACAACAAUACCGGUUCACACAACACACACAUACACAUAUAUUCUGGGCACAAUACGGCGAUCGCCUUAAAAAGAAAAGGCAUAAGGCGUAUCGCUACGGGAGCCGCAACA